CUUUUGUCUGAAGAACUGGCUGUUGGAAGUAAGACGUGACUUGUUUUGCAGAGGGACAGCAGGGGGACAGGAAAAUCCUGUGAGAGCUACGGAAGACAUUUUUAUCUGAGUUUAAGGAAGGACUUCCUCAUUGAGAGAGUUGAGUCAUCAUAAAAUAGGAACAGAACACGUGAGGGUCACUGAGGUCCCUGUCAAUGAAAAUGUCCCAGCAGAGACCGAGGGCCACCUUGAGGGGCUGUCAUACCAGGGCUCAGGCAAGGACGUCUCGCUGUGCUCGUGCCCUUCUGAGCCUUUGAGGUGACAGACACGGCCACUGCGGCGAUUCUCACAGGGUCUUUGCUCAGUAAUGCGUGUAUUCGGUAGAUGGUACAACCACCAGCCGGAGAAGUGAUUCAUUCCAGUUCAGAAAAUAAUGAUCCAAGCAGAAAUGUUUAUGAUGCCUUUUUGAUAAGCUUUAAAAUGGAACAAUGAUCGCUCAUUUGAGAGGAAGCCCACACUAACCAAUUGACCACUGAUUGAUUUCUGAGUCCACAUUUGGACAUCUAUUAAGAUUGUCCACUCCACUUUGGCACAGUUUGGCCAAAGAGAGGAAAAUAAGUAAGUUUCCCACAGCUUAGGAACAUAGGUAGCGGGAGAGACUUUCGUAAGUGGCGGGAGAGGCCCUGUUUCGAGUGAGAACUUCAGAUACUUCCUCUGUCGCCUAUGGUCACCGGGCAGUUGGAAUAACAGGAAGCCCUCCGGCCAGCAAUAGUGGCUCCUCUGAAGUUUGUUUGGGUCUAUCCAAAGGCACGGUUUCAGCAGGGGCUAAGGCUACACCAAACAACUUAGAAUUUCCCCUUGAGUAUGGAAAAUUAUGUUAACAUAAACAAUUCUGUCCAUUACCUAGUGUCUACAAUGUACCAUAGAAAGGUCUAACUUUUUUUUCUAUUUCAAAUUACUCUAUUAAAUUAGCCAGUUUGAUUAUCUUAUAGAUCACCAUAAGAAUAGUCAUAUAGUUUUUCCCUAAGCGCGAUGCCUUCCAUUUUACACACUUUUACUCUUACCUGACACUUUGCCCGUUCCUUCAGCCAUGUAAGAUCUUCCAGUGUUUUCCAUUUUUCGUUUGACUUUUCACCACCCAGAAAUCAUCCUCCAGCCCACAUGUGUGUCUCUUUGUGUUCUCCCAUCAGACUGUUAUUUAACGGCAUUGAAAGGGCAAAUAUUAUUGUCUGAUGCUUUUAUAAGUGCUUUACGAAUAUUCAUUUAUUGCUUCUGCUGAGAGCUAUACCGAAUAGGUGUUCUUAUUAUCAUUUGUUUACUGAGGCACCGCGAGAGUCAGGCUUCUAAUCAGCAGAGUGUCUCCCACCGCAGUUCGUAAUCACUAUGUUGCCUCGCACUUUAAAGAUAAGAAAUUGAACCCAUCUUAACGCGAUUCUCUGAAAAACCAAUGCGGACACUUAAUGCCUCAAUGGAAAUGUGCUUUCUCCCCACCUAUUUUCCUGAAGUCCAGCCUUCUUAUGAAUGGAUAUUUUCCUAAGCACAGAGCUGUGUUAACAUCGAGUUCCAAACACUGCAUCCUUUUAUACACAUUUUACAUAUGUAUCUUCUCCUUCAAGAAUCCACCUUUAUUGUGUUUUAGGAAAGAAAUCAUAUUUACGUAUUUUGUGAAUCCAUAUUCUAUUAUGGAUUCCACUAACCGAGAGUAAAACUCAUCUACCUGGUUCUUUGAGGCUAGGAGAGCAGUUCUCAACCAGGGCUGAUUUUGUCACCCAGGGGACAUUUGACAGUGUCUGGACACAUUGCUGGCUGUCAGUAUGGGGGUUGGGGUCAUGUGGCAUCUCGUGGGAGGAGUUUAGGGUUGUUGCUAAACACCCUAUAAGCCCAGAACAUCCAAAAAGAAGAAUUAUCUGGCCCCAAAUACCAAGGCUGAACAUCCCAGGUCUAGGGUAUCCUGUGCAUUUAAAGUGAUUCUGUUGAGGACAAUGUAUGCCCCUCCUCAACUGUACUAUAAAAGCUGUAGAAAACUCUGUGCAUAUGCGACUACACCUAUUAACGGGUCUCUCAUUAACAUAUCAGUCUGUCAUUAAGUAGAUUCUCAACUGAUAUGUCUCAUAUUUUAUUUGCUCUUCUCACAAAUCUGAAUGGUUUAGAAAGAACUCAGAUUCAUAACGUAGUCUGAAAACGAAUAUAACUCUUAAGGAAAAUGGUGAUAAUAGCAGAUUUCUAUAGUACUUGUUAUUCACUCAUUCAUUCAUUCAUUCUUUUUUUUUUCAAGAAAUAACUAUUAAGCAUAAACUGUACACCAGACAAUGUUAUAGGUGAACAAGUAGUUUAGGAGUAGGCUAUGAUUAAUUUGUAGAUUAAAGUUAGGAUUAUUUUAAUGUACUGAGAAGUUAUUAGUAUGGGUUUUAUAUUUUCUAUAGUUUAUGUUGUUCUACACAAGUAUAGAAACAAUGUUUUAUUUACGAUGAAAUUAAGCCAAAUAUUUUGCAUAAUGUAGGAAAAAAAUGGGAGAGAAAAUGAUUUUUAGAAAGUUGAUUAUUCGCUUUUCACCCAGUUAGUUAAAUUGGUGGUUGGUAACAUAACAUGCACAAAGCAGACACAGCUGUUGGUCCAAUACAAGUAUUCUACGCUCUCCUCAUGAUUUUGUAAUGAAACCAGGAGACCAAACAGGACACCUUCUUCAAGUCUCCCAAAAGAAGUACUUAUUUUUAAUAAAAACGACACACAAGAAUCCUUGUAGGACAUUUACUUAAUUUAAAAGUUAAGAAGGGCUUCCCUGGUGGCACAGUGGUUGAGAGUCCGCCUACCGAUGCAGGGGGCGUGGGUUCGUGCCCCGGUCUGGGAAGAUCCCACAUGCCGUGGAGCGGCUGGGCCCGUGAGCCAUGGCCGCUGAGCCUGCGCGUCCGGAGCCUGUUGCUCCGCAACGGGAGAGGCCACAACAGUGAGAGGCCCGCGUACCGCAAAAAAAAAAUAAAAUUAAGAAGUUGGCAAAAUCUUCCGUGACAAACCGUACAUCCCUCAUAUUAAAGCAAAACAAAAAACUGCCUCCCUGAGAAAUAAACCCCCCUUGAGCCCCAUAUUCCUUCCCAUCCAUCAGCCCAUUUUUCUACUCCAUUUGACAGCAGGACUCCUUACAAAGGGGAUACAUGUUUUCUCCACUUCCUCUCACCCUGUUCCCACUUGUUCCUGAUCUAAUCAGGCAUUUGUCUCCAGGACUCUACUGAAACAUCUCUCGUCAAGCCGCCGGUGACGUCACGUGGCCACAUCCAACAGUUAGUUCUUAGUCCUCAUCUUGACCUCUCCUUAAUCUCCGACACAGAGGAUCACUCCCUUUUUCUUGCCAUCUUUUCUUCACCUCCUGCCACAUCUCGUGGUUUUCUCUCUACUUGAAGAAAUUCUCCUUUUCAGUCUCCUUCACUGGCUCAUCCAGUUAACCACAAUAAAACCUCAACCACUGAGUUCCCCACUCCAAAAUUCCUUCUCUCCUGGUUUCAUCAUCUUAGUAAUUGGUACCAGCAUCCAAUCAAUUUCUUAGAAAUGUCCACAUUUUCAUGACCAGUUCAUUCCAAAUUAUAAGACUUCCCAAUAGGUGAAAAGUGGAUAUCGAGUAAGAGACUUAUUCUCUCCCAUAUCCCAAACUUAGAACAGACAAGCCAGAAAAUAAAAUGGGCUUCUCAGAAAAAUAUCUAAACGUUGUCCUUGAAACCACUACUGGGCUUGUCAGUGGUCUUCAAGGGGCACACAUUUCCUUGGAAUCCAAAUGAAAUACUGUUCGCCUUAGGUGUACGAUUACAUAGACAGGGUGUGUUUGCAGAGAAAAAUCUUUACAGUGACAGUCUAGGGCACCUACACUUAAGAAGAACACACUUGGAAGAAGUUGUUCAAGUCCUGGAGGUGUUAGUGAGAAAAAAAAUCCAGCCUCUGGGACGGUGAGAAGUUUAGGGGCAACUUUCGGCCAUGUUGUGAUUUGGGGAGGGCCUUGUUGAAUAAGUUCAAAACACAAAGGUAUAGAUGGGCAGGAAGGGAGGCUCUUUCUUCUUGAUUCUUGUUUUCUGGAAGCCACCACUGGCAAGACUAUCUCCUACGGGUAGGCAUGGGAACAAGUUAAAGAAAGUGUUGAUUCUCUAGAGGCAAGCGGAGAUCUCAGCGGCCUUUGUAUGUGGUGAAUGUGUCCGGAAAGGCAAAGAAGAGCGAGAUUCUCCCGUGGGUUUUCUCAUCUCCAUGGCGGUGGGUGCUGACAGCUUGAGAGCGAGCUCGGAGGAGCAGAGAGAAAGGAGCCCUGGACGUCCAGUUGCCGUGCUCUUACACGACGCAAAGGACACGGGGGUCUGAGCUGAACUUCAUCAUCCGUAACUAAGGUUUGAAGUGAAAACUCACAAAUAGCAGUCAGUGCCCCUAGAACCGUCGCCGUCCCAGGAGCCACCCGGAUGCCCGAAGGGCAGUAGAAAGCAUGAGCUUCUACGGCAGCAGCUACCCGAUCGUGAACGUGGACCCCAAAUACCCGGGCUACCCCCAGGAGCACGUUCUAGCCGAGAAGCGAAGAGCCAGGCGGCGUCUCCUGCAUAAAGACGGCAGCUGUAACGUGUACUUCAAGCACAUUUUUGGAGAAUGGGGCAGCUACGUGGUGGACAUCUUCACCACCCUCGUGGACACCAAGUGGCGUCACAUGUUCGUGAUAUUCUCGUUGUCUUACAUUCUCUCCUGGUUGAUAUUUGGCUCUAUCUUUUGGCUCAUAGCCUUUCAUCACGGAGACCUGUUGAACGAUCCCGACAUCACGCCUUGUGUGGACAACGUGCAUUCCUUCACGGGGGCGUUUCUAUUCUCCCUGGAGACCCAGACCACCAUCGGGUACGGUUCCCGCUGUGUCACCGAGGAAUGUUCCGCGGCCGUGCUCAUGGUGAUCCUUCAGUCCAUCUUAAGCAGCAUCAUAAACACCUUCAUCAUUGGGGCUGCCUUGGCCAAAAUGGCGACCGCCAGGAAGAGAGCCCAGACCAUCCGGUUCAGCUACUUCGCCCUCAUCGGCAUGAGAGACGGGAAACUUUGCCUCAUGUGGCGCAUCGGUGAAUUCCGCCCCAACCACGUGGUAGAAGGCACGGUCAGGGCCCAGCUUCUCCGCUACACGGAAGACAGCGACGGGCGGAUGACGAUGGCAUUUAAGGACCUAAAGUUAGUCAAUGACCAGAUCAUCCUUGUCACACCAGUAACGAUCGUUCAUGAAAUCGACCACGAGAGCCCUCUGUAUGCCCUUGACCGAAAAGCCGUGGCCAAAGAUAACUUCGAGAUUUUGGUGACGUUUAUCUAUACUGGCGACUCUACCGGGACUUCUCACCAAUCCAGGAGUUCCUACGUUCCCCGAGAAAUUCUCUGGGGCCAUAGGUUUAAUGAUGUCUUGGAAGUGAAGAGAAAGUAUUACAAAGUGAACUGCUUACAGUUCGAGGGCAGCGUGGAAGUCUAUGCUCCCUUUUGCAGCGCCAAGCAACUGGACUGGAAGGACCAGCAGAUCCACAACAUGGGAAAAGGCCCGCCAGCCCAAGGACCCGGCACAUCAGACACCAAUGUCAGAAGAAGGUCAUUUAGCGCCGUUGCCAUCGUCAGCAGCUGUGAAAACCCAGAGGAGACCACCACCUCUGGCACGGAUCAGUGUAAGGAAGCGCCUUAUCAGAAAGCUCUCCUGACUUUGAAUAGGAUCUCUGUAGAAUCCCAAAUGUAGUCCUGAGUUGUAAGUACGAGGGCUCCCAGUCAAUGUUUUUACCCCCUAGCCAAUCGCCUUAAGGCAAGUAGUUAUCAACAGAGCUUUUAAAGAAGGUGAUAGCUGUCUUUGAUGGUGAAGGAAGAUAAAUAGAGCAGGUUAAACUUGAUAAAAGAUAUCUAAGCAUUACAUCAUAUCCAACUGUUUAACUUUUUUUUUUUGGCUAGCAAAUUUUGUGUUAGGGGUGGUAUUAAGAGGCCUAAUUGAUUAAUUUAAAUUUCGUCUCCUUUUGUUAUUCCGUAUACUUGUAUUGUCAGUUGGAGGUAUAAUAUUCAAUAAUGGGGAACAAAGGUAGGACACUGGGAUAAUAGAAAGUAGAAAGGAGAAUAGCAUGAAUAAUAAAAAUUUUAAAUGGAUCCAAAUCGGUAGUAUGAGUUACCUAUAAAGACAUUAUAUCAUAUAAUCAAGAUGUGCAAGGGAUGCGUUUGGUAGAUUGUAACGUCGAGCUGUUUAACUGUGAAAUCAGUCCCUGUGUUUGCCCCGCAGAGUGUCUUGGUAUCAGCUGGCAGAGGCAGUGGCCGUAGGAAGUAACAAUGCCCCCGGUUCUGACAGUGAAUCCCCUGCCACUUGCCAGGUAAUGAUCAAGCAGUGCUAGAAGCUACUUUUUCUCUCAUCCGUGAGGCAGAAGAAAAGUUGGCGUUAUUACUCGGAGAGGUAUUUCUCUCUUAAAUGCUCUGUUUGACUCCAACAAAUGGCUCAGGGUGGGGGAGCGCAGAAAUAAGGCAAACAGGAGCUUUGUAAAGUGUGUGACAAGGGGACUGCUUAUGUCCACCUCCCCACACCUUCUUUGAGGAAGGACAAGAAGAAGGAUCGGGACCCUAGAGAUGGGGUGAGGGAAUGGAGAGCCGUAAACAUCCUCAGACUCUUUGAGAGAAAAGUGUUCCUGGGUCCUGGAAGAUGGAGCUCUGGCUACACAAGGGAUGGAACCCUGUUUUUUUGGGGUUUUUUUAGCAGUUGCGGUGGGGUUAGGAGGUGGGGAGGCUGUGAGGGGAAAAGUAUUUAUUUGUGCCUAGAAGCAAUUAUGUAUGUUUCCCGUAUGGGUCACUUUAGAAAACACAAAUAACUUGAAUUGUGAAUUUUAAGAAACGCUUCCAUUGAACUUGGAACAAUCAUUUAAAUGCAGGAUUUUGUGAAUAUAAUUAAGGUGAUUUUAAUGCACCUUAUGAAGUGGGUCAGCUACGUGCUUUAGAAUUGCUUAAAUUGUAGGACAGGAGAUAACUGUGUAUACUCUAUUUCCACCUUAAAAGAUGUUAAUCAUGAUUACUUUAAACACAAAUCCAAUCACCUGCGAGUGAAGAGGCACUCACUCUAAGCUUUAUCAGUUGAAGACUUACGAGCUAUAUUCCGAAUUAUCUGUGUUAUUUUUUACAUUCUUGCUGAGCUGGUAAUAAGUAUAUGCCACAGGUUUUCACGUGUUUAUUUUAUUUAAAUAUAUAUAUACACACACACAGUUUUUGCUUUUUUCUGGAAAAUCUCUCUCUCUCUCUCCCCAUUUAAAUUAAAGCACACAAGUAAAUUUUACUGAAUCGCAGAGUCCAAGAUUACCAACAGAAGUAAAAUGUAUGGGUAUAUAAAGUUUUUCUUCUGUUUCCUUCUUUUCUCUCCUUUUUCCUUCCUCCCUCGCUGCUUUCCUUCUUUCCCUUUCCUCCUCCUUUCUUUUGCCUGUGAGCAAUAGUUAUUUUAUGAUGCACAGGUGCAGAGCUCGUACUCCUGUUGCUGUAUGGAUAAGAGAUCUGUUCAGGUCGCAGGUUGCAAAAUCGUCCUGAAACUUAACAUCAGAGUGCUCAAUAACGCGUUUCUUUCUUCCAGUCUUGUUUCAGGAACGCAAAACCCAUGUUUCUAAAACUGCACAUGCCCUGUAGAUUCGGAUUUUGGAGCAGCAAUUACUCAGCUAAAUUAGAAUAUUACAAUCCACCAAGCAGAAAACAGCCAGCACUACAACAAACAAACUUGCCCCCUUUUUUGGCAUGUUUCACACCCGUCUAGUUUCAUUCACUUUCCUUCCUGGACUCUGCUCGUUCGCGAUCUUCCUCUGUUAGUAUCCGGAUAGAGGUGUCACUGUCCAGUAAAUACACUCUGUCGGGCUUCGUGCCUCUUCCAUCAAAUUCUCUUACCCAGAAUAGAAUGUACAA